UUAAAUAUAUAAAAAAUGUCAGCAGAGAACUUGCAUAUGAUAGUUUUGCAGACAUCUAAAACCAAUUAUAUAAAUAUGAUUUUGGAAGAUAUUCAAAAAGUCAAUGAACCUAUAAAAUCUAGUGAAAUCUUAGAGACGAAUAGGGAAAAAAAAGAAUUGCUUAAUGAGUAUAUAUGCUGCUUGCAUAGAAAUGAUAAGUCAAACAACAAGUGUAUAACUGUUAGUCCUCCGUCUCAUGGAAAGUUUGUUAUUAUGAAAAUAAAUAACCAGAUCAGAGAACUUCAAACAGUUUUAAGAGACAAAACUACUUCAAGAUCUGACUUUAUUUUCUCAGCUGAUAGGCUGAUUCGUUUGGUUAUUGAAGAAGGAUUAAAUCAGCUUCCUUUUAAAGAAUGCAGUGUAACAACUCAAUCUGGUGAAAAUUAUAUUGGUUGCGAAUUUUUUAAAGGAAUUUGUGGAGUCAGCAUAAUAAGAAGUGGAGAGGCAAUGGAAAAAGGUUUGCGUGAUUGUUGUCGAGGAAUACACAUCGGAAAAAUUCUAAUGAAUAAAGAUGAAGAAUCAUUUCAGUAUAAGGUUAUCUAUGCAAGGUUUCCUAACGACAUUCAUAAAAGAAAAGUGCUUCUAAUGUAUCCGCUUUUGUAUAGUGGUGACGACAUAGCUCUAGCUGUAAAAGCGCUGCUUGAGUAUGGUGUUAUUGAAGAAAAUAUUUAUGUUCUUACGCUUUUUGCGACGCCAUUUGGCGUCAAUGCACUCUACAAGCAACAUCCGAAUAUUUCUAUUUUAACUACUGAAAUGCAAUGCGAAUUGCCAAAUCAUUUUGGAGAAAUUUAUUUUGGAACGAAUUGAAUCUUGUUUUGGUUGAUAUAUUUUUUUAAAACAUCAGAAAUUUAUGAACUUUGUGAAUAAACAUAAAAAUAAACGCAUUAAGCGUUGCAAAUCUUUAAAUAACUUUAAUUAGUUAAGAGAAAAUUGGUUUUAAGUUUUGGGAAUAGCAAUAGAUUGCGUGAUUUUGUAUGGUAUCGGAAUCGAGCUCAAAAGGAUUUAGUGUUAUAUAAUGAUUCUUAUACUUCAGCAUAUUAGAAUACUAUAAAAAAAAACUUCUAGAAAAUCUAAAAUAGUAAUAAAUAAAAUUGGGUCAAUAUUGUAAUCGAUAACUUGGUUUUGCACGAUUUCUGAUGAUCAAAAUCGAGACCGAUUUUCUUGUAACUAAUAGUAAUGUAAACUAAUGCAUUAUUUUUUAUAACUGCUUUUUAUGCGGUUACUUUUAAAAAAUUAUUUUUUAUCAGA